AUGGCCGACGUAGAGAAAAGCCUCAAACAGCUGGUCAUAGAGGCCAAUCUGAGGCUGGUCGGCCUUCUAGCACCUCACCAGGAUGUGAGGGAAUUUACCGCGGGGAGUGCCACCAACACUGAAGUCCCCGAGCAACAACAAGACGUGUCACAACCUCCAACAAGGAGGGCAACAUGGGUGACUAUCAAUGAACUAACUAGCACCCCGCGACCUGCUGCUGCACCGACCCCUCCAAGGAAGGGCAAGAAGAAGGCCUUCAAGCCUAUUCUUGAGUCAUCGGACAAGAACGCUUUUGACGUGUACGCCAAAUCGGCGAACAAGAAAAAAUCUCACAAGCACCAGUCUAGGGAAGGCUACAGCAAUCCCUCCACGAAGAAGUCUCGAACAGAAGACCCUCCUGUGCCUACUCCCACAAAGGAGACAACUCCUCCACCAGCUCCUGCCAGAGAUGCAACUCCGCCAUUUCCAGUAAAUCCAGAUCCCCCAUCUCCGGUUGGACAGACUCCUCCACCAGCUCCAGCCGACCUUACGCCUCUAGCUUCCACCGUCCAGCAGCCGGCUGGCUGCCGAGAAGAAGCCUCAGGAGAUGACCUCACGGGCGUGGGAGUUCUUACCAUGACUUCUGGCUGGCAAAGCUCGAGGACGCUGACCGCUCAAUUCAAGAAAAAACUCAGCGAUCAGCUUAGUGCUGCUAAGGCCCAAUACGCUGAGCAACUCAAGGCAAACGAAGCUACUCAUGCCGAGCAGAUGAAGGAAGUUAAGGUGAAGCAUACUGAGGCUCUCAAGGAAGCCGAGGCGAAGCACAUCAAGGCACUGCAAGUGACCGAGGCCAAACUCGCUUCUCUCGAAGAGGAGUUGAAGAAGAAGGAGGCGAGCAUUGCCAAGAUCACUGCUUCUAAGGAGCAGUACAAGGAGACUUCACUCAUAAAAUAUCGGGAAGCCCAGAAGCUUCAAGUUGAGCUGGAGAUAAGCCGCAAAUAA